AUGAAUGGUGGAUUUGUUGAAGUUGCUAUGUGUUGGGCACUUGGGGAAGCUCUGGUUGGAAUUUUUUUAUAUGAUUUGCAUUCUAACAAAAUUAUAUUCCGAGAAUCGUUUCUAUUAAGAGUGGAAAGUGUGAAGGGUAUUGAGGAGGGAGACACGGUGAUACUUGUUUUUAGGCCAAAUUGCAUUGAGUGUGUGGAUUGCAAGUCAACCCAAAGCAAUAUGUGUUACAUCAGUUCAAAAAGAAGAAUUGAAGGACUGAUGAAAAGUGACAAUGGUACCAGAUUCAACAUCAAUGGGAAACCUAUAUACCAUUUUGUAGGUGUUUCCAGCUUCUCUGAAUUCACUGUUGUAGGGGUUGAUCAAGUUGUCAAAAUAAAUCCAAUGGUUUCUCCUGAUAAAGUUUGUCUUCUUAGGUGUGGGGUCACAACAGGAUUAGGUGGGGCUUGGAAGGUGAGAAAUGUAGAGAAAGGCUCCAGUGUGGCUGUCUUUGGUUUAGGAACUAUUGGCAUGGCUGUUUCAGAAGGUGCAAGAAUCAGAGUUGUAUCUAGAAUCAUUGGUGUUGAUGUGAAGUCUAAAAAAUUUGAUAUUGGCACAGAGCUUCAGCUAGAUGAUUUCAUUACUCAUGAAAUCUCAUUUCCAGAGAUCAACAAGGCAUUUGAGUUGCUGAUGGAAGGAGAAUUUCAUUCAGUUCGAGUAGGUUCAUACAGUUCAAACAGUUUAGGGAGGUUUAAACAGUUCAUUCAAUUCGAGCAGGUUCAUACAGUUCAAACAGUUCAGGGAUGUUCAAACAGUUCAGGGAUGUUCAAAGAGUUCAGUGAUAUUCAAUCUGUUCGAUGA